UUCUCCACCUUCCAUGACCAUUUUCAGACCAAUAUCUUUUGAAAUUCCUGUCCCUUGGCCCGAUCUGAAAUCUCCAUAAUGGAACGACAAGAAGCUGCUCUUCCUCCACCUUUGCGACAGAUCCCGUUGCCGCCGCCGCUACCUCAAAACCCUCCCUACCUUGUCGCCGAUUCCUCAUCGCACCCACCUCCUAUAGACCACCAACUCCUGGCCGACAUAAACAAUUUGGUUAGUCUUGCUUCUGGUAUUACUAGUGCUGGGUUCAAUGAACGAAAUACCCUUCGUGGGGACGCCGCCCGCCAUGAAGCUUCUUUAGUGAUGUCUGAGUAUGCAACGGCAGCCAUGGAAGAGAUCACAGAGAGGACAUUGGAGAAGCGAUCUAAGGCUGCCACGAGCAGUAGAACUCGAAAGGCGGCGAGCCCGAGGUUUGAGUUCCAAACGAGGACCGAGGACGACGUCCUCGACGAUGGCUAUCGUUGGAGGAAAUACGGGCAGAAAGCUGUCAAGAACAGCACACACCCCAGGAGCUAUUAUCGCUGCGCGCACACCACGUGCAACGUGAAGAAACAAGUGCAAAGGUUGUCCGAGGACACGGGCAUCGUCGUGACAACUUACGAAGGCGUUCACAACCAUCCCUCCGAGAAGAUAAUGGAAACCCUAUCUCCACUGCUGAGGCAGAUUCAAUUACUCUCCGGGUUUUCCCCUGACAAGUAAUGACCCCGAUUCAGUUGUUGGGCAAUUUCUUAGAUAAUUCGUACGCAUACAUGUGCUCCUUGGGCCGUGUUUGUUUGGAGAAAAACUUCACGUUA